UCCUUUUUCCCAUCUUUCGUGGAAUCUUUAUUUCUUCGAUACUUUAGUGCCCCCUUCUCUACACUCACUCCAUCAAGAUUUGCCAAUAAUGGAUUUCAAACUCCUCUCAUUUCUCAUCUUUCACUACUCAAUUACUUCAUCAUCAAUCAUUGCAUCCCUUCCACUCCCUAAACAAUCUCUCCCCACGAAAUCGGGCUAUCUCUCCGUAAACUCCACCACCAACUCCGCCAUUUUCUACACAUUCUACGAAGCCCGAAAUCCUACCGCACCUUUAUCUCAAACUCCAAUUCUCAUUUGGCUUCAAGGUGGACCUGGAUGCUCUUCUAUGCUCGGAAACUUCUAUGAACUAGGCCCCUGGCGCGUCUCGUCUUCUCACAGUCAUAACGCCAAACAUGUCACGCUCACUCGUAAUCGGGAAUCUUGGAAUCGAAUAUUUGGACUCCUUUUUCUUGAUAAUCCCAUUGGUGUUGGCUUUAGCAUUGCUUCAACACCUGAAGAAAUUCCGAGGAACCAAAAAGACGUGGCGAAGCAUUUAUAUAUCGCGAUCAAGAAGUUUAUUAAGAUGAAUGCAUUGUUCAAGAAUCGGGCUAUUUACAUCACGGGUGAGAGUUAUGCUGGCAAAUAUGUGCCAGCAAUUGGAUAUCAUGUAUUGAAGAAAAAUGCCCGGUUGCCUGUUCGUAGUAAGGUCAAUUUGGUUGGAGUUGUUAUUGGUAAUGGACUAACUGAUCCGAUAAGCCAAGUGGCUACUCAUGCUGCUAAUGCGUAUUACUUUGGAUUGGUAAAUGACAAACAAAAGAGACGAUUAAAGUCGCUUCAAGAAAAGGCGAUUUCGUUGGCGAAGAAUGGGAAUUGGAGUGAAGCAACAAAUGCUAGAAGUGAAGUCUUGAACACGUUACAAAAGAUGUCCGGAAUGCCAACUUUGUAUAACAUUAGAAGGCACAAGCCAUACCAAAACUAUUUGGUUGCCGAGUUUCUGAACGAUGUUGAGGUAAAAAGGGCAUUAGGAGUGAACGAAACUAUUGUUUUCGAGGUGUGCAGUAAGGUGGUGAGGAAAGCACUGCACGAGGAUUUGAUGAAGAGUGUGAAGUAUAUGGUGGAGUUUCUCGUCAAGAAUACUAAAGUUUUGUUGUAUGAAGGUCAGUUGGAUUUGAGAGUUGGCUUAGUGUCAACCGAGGCAUGGGUGAAGAGAAUGAAGUGGGAGGGAAUUGACAAGUUUUUGGAAGCAGAUAGAAAAAUUUGGACAGUUAAUGGUGAGCUAGCAGGGUAUGUGCAGAAAUGGGGGAACUUAAGCCAUGUUGUGGUAUUGAAUUCUGGGCAUUUGGUUCCACAUGAUCAACCGUUGAAUUCUCAGGCCAUGAUUGAAGAUUGGGUCCUCGAAAAGGGACUUUUUGCUAAUCAUCAUAUUGAAAACUUGUCCACCUCUUUGUCUAAUGUACUUUAGUAUAGGAUGGGUGACUCCUCCGGAAGUCCUAGUGUUGCAUCCCUACUUUUGUGGGACUACACUGGGUAUGAUGUUGUUGUUGUACUUUAGGAUCUAGCAAGGUAAUUGUUGUUUUUAACUUUGUAAGAGAUCAUAGUGUCCGUUCCUCCUUCUAGAGUUGUUUAACACUCCUUUUAAGUGUUUUCUUUUGUGAUCUCAUUAAUUCUCUAUUUUAUUCUCAUGAUCAUAGCUAAAUAGCUCCUUGGAUUCAGGUCCUAGAUUUUCUUGCUUAAUGUAAUUACAGUUACAAGAUAAUGAGUUGACAAGUAUCUUUCUUUUUCGGUA